AUGUUCAGUGCCACAACUUUGCUGGCAGAAUUGAAACCCAAUGAGCAGCUCCUGGAAGCCAGGAAUAUGGAUGAGAAGCUUGCCACAGGCCUCACCCAGCAAGCCACCUACAAGCUUUCCAAGAUGAAUGGACUGACCAGCCCAGAUGCUGUCACGUUGCUGGAUCACCUCCAGGCAUCCAAGCUCCCAACAGCCAUGAAGGAUGCCAUCAUCCAAGAGUUGGACACCUUGAUGGUGAAUGCCAAGGGGAACAUUGCUGCCAAGGUCACCAGCACAGCCAGUGCCUGUGACCACCUCAACAAAUAUUUGACCCAGGAUGAUUGGUCCCAGUUGGAGUCCACCAAUUCAUGGGAGGGAGCCAUUGUGCUGGCCAAAAGGCUGAAGGCCAUUAGGGUCAAGAGCAUCAAAGAAACCACCAAGAGGGCAGCUGUUGCCAUUUUGCUGUGCAUCCAACAGCAAGAAGUUGCCACCAUACUUGGCUCUGCAAAGACAAAGCUUGGCCAUUGGGAUUCUGAGCCCCUUGGCUUGGCACUUGCUGGCAUUCUGGGGCAUUGCGUUGCAAAGGCAAAGCUUGGCUAUUGGAUGACUGGCUCCCAUUGUUUAGCACCUGCUGGCCUUGCUGGGCAUUCCACUGGUGCAAAUUCAAUGGAAAUGCACUUGGCUGCAAGGCAUGUGUUGGUGCAUUGCCAUGUGUGGCUGGCUGCACAAGGGUGGUCCUAUUGGCUCCUUGGAGGAGCCUGCUGGUUGGGCCAUGAUCAAAGCCAUCUGGUCAAAGCUACCAAGACACUGGACCAGUGGAACCAGCAAGCUUUCCAUGCCAUGUUAGAAAAGCAGCAAGCCCAGAAGAUGAAAAGACCUGCAGCUGCCAAGGCUGCCAAGACUGCCAAGACUGACAAGGCCAAGGGUGCUAACAAAGAGAAGAAGCCAAAGGCCAAGGCCAAGGCCACUUCCAAGGGCCAAGGGCCAUAUGGUUGUAUCAGGUGCAGAAGCAACCUGAAAGGUUGUGCCACCUGCAGAAAGCCAGGUUUCAAAGGCUUGAAAGUCCAUGGCAGAGAGGCUUGGUACCGUAUGUGCCCCAAUGCCAAGUAG